AUGCGCAUCGUCCUCCUCCUCACCACCCUCCUCCUCGCCCUCCUCACCCUCCGCACCGCCAACGACCCCGCCACCCCCACCCCCGCCGCCAACGUCCUCCGCACCGCCUCCCACUCCGUCAACGCCGCCGUCAUCCUCAACGCCGCCUGCUCCGUCGCCGCCCGCGUCACCGCCGCCGUCCCCGCGGCAUGGAGUCCGACGCCUGCGCCCCUGGAGCAUCGCCGCCGUCGCCGUCACCGCCCGCCUCUACAUCUUUGGCAUCGGCGGCUACGGCCGCGAGGAGUGGGCCUACGCCCGGAACUUGCACGGCAAGGCUGCCGAUUGGGUCGUUGGCGGUCCUGCGCGCUGGCUCGAGACUUUUGA